CGCGCUCGCCGGGCCGGCGCGAGGCUGUCAGUCAGUCGGGCUCCGCCGCCGCGCGCUCUCCCUCGCGCCGGGCUCUGCGAGACGCACCGGGAGCGGCCAUGAAGAUCUGGAGCUCGGAGCACGUGUUCGGGCAUCCCUGGGAUACAGUGAUCAAAGCUGCUAUGAGGAAGUACCCCAACCCCAUGAAUCCCUGUGUGGUAGGGGUAGAUGUCUUGGACAGGAGCCUGGAUAACCAGGGGAGGCUGCACAGUCACCGCCUGCUCAGCACGGAGUGGGGACUGCCCAGCAUUGUCAAAGCUAUAUUAGGAACAAGUAGAACUCUGACUUACAUAGAGGAGCAUUCUGUGGUAGAUCCAGUGGAAAAGAAGAUGGAGCUUUGCUCAACUAAUAUUACACUCACAAACUUGGUGUCUGUUGACGAGAGACUGGUUUACACACCUCAUCCAGAAAACCCGGAAAAGACUGUGCUAACCCAAGAAGCAAUUAUUACUGUUAAAGGCAUUAGCUUGAGCAGUUAUCUGGAAAGCUUGAUGGCAAAUACAAUAUCUUCUAAUGCCAGAAAGGGCCGGGAUGCCCUGGAGUGGGUGAUCAGCAAACUAAACACAGAACUGGAAGAGCUGAAGUCCACGCGCGAGGGGAUCAAACCAGCCAUGGCAGCAGCGUCCACAGAACAAUAAAGCCAAAUCUUUGGGUUCACCAAAUAAAACCAAGUAACUGACAGAAAAGUCUUGUUCUGCAGACUGCUCUGUAGAGCUCCCUCCCAAGGCUGAUCUGCAGAGGAUUUGUCCAUUUGUAAGAAUACUGGAUCAGCGGAAAAGUAACCUCAUCCAUCAUCUCCACGCAGCUCUUGUUGCCUACUGAAGUUUAAACUGACCUCCUGCAGAUGCUCUUUUCAUUUGAGCAGUUUAUGUUUAACACUGGAAAUAAAAUGUUUAGCACAUUCAAAGCAGCCUAAAUGUACCUUUUCAAAUAAAGGUAGAGGGCAUGUUAUAUUUACACCAUCUCAAACUGAAAAGCUUGAAAAAAAAGCAUGUGUGGGAUUAAGGGUUUUCUGUGUGAACUUUUGUUCUGUAAAGGGCUGAUAGGUCCUAGAGCACUGAAUUUUGUCUGGUUUGUAAUCUGAUAAUGUCUUGUGGCCAGUUAAAGGGAACUACAUGAGUCAGAACAUGAUACUGUAGAAUCUGAUAUUUAUCUAGAGGAUCAUCUUGAAAGGCUACAUCUUGUGUGGAACUAACUCUUCUUAGGUGCUGCCUGAACAUGACACACAGAUACUUUACCUCUUAGAUGUUUGUAUCCAAACAAAGAUAAAGUUUCUAUUGAUGUUAAUAGCCUAAAAUAGUUUUUCUGGUGGGAAGAAGGGUAUAAUUUAUUUUCUUAUUUAUUAAUUUUUCCUCUUUCCUCCCCUCCCUGUGGGGACAGGGAUUACUUGAAGGUGCUGGAAAAUACUUGCUUAUCUCUAGGAAGGGUAUUUGUAGGCUGCUGGAAUGAAGAGACUGUGCUGUUCCACUGGUCCUUGCUCUUCACAUCACUUCUUAACUGAGGGAGAAAUUGAUGCAAUAACCAGAAGAAUUGAAAUGAGAAAUGAGCAGAAAGUUUUAAAUCUAAAUGAUAAGGUUUCAUAAAGAGAAACUUUUAAUUUCCUGAGUGGAGGAAACAAGAGUACAAGAACCACAAAUGGACUCUCAUUUCUAAAUGCUUUCUGUUAACUACUGACUACCAGUGUAACUGAACCUUUUCAACUCUUUUCCACGUGGGUACAAAAUGGUUUUAAAAUCCUUUGAAGUGCUUCUCAUUAUCUGGAAAAAUACUCCAGUAACUGCAGAAACUUUCCUAUUAAAUAUGCAUAAAUAUAUAUUGGUGAUGACUCUA